CCGGAAGUGAGGCAGAUGGACAGGUUUCUGCUGCUGCUGGCGUUAUCAGAUAGGCUGCUGGCUGCCAGUUUCCGGUUGCUGUCUUGCCCUGGCAGAGAGAGAUGGAGCUGCUCCUGGUGCUGGUUCUGGGGGUUCUGAGCGGCUCUGCCGUGGAAGUGAAAAGACCCAGAGGGGUUUCCCUGUCCAGUGAGUGCCAUCAGUGUGUCCAUUAGUUCUAGUCUGUGUGACAGCCCCCCUCCCUGCCUCCCCCUUAAGGUCACAGCUCAUCAUGUGCAAUCAGGGCUGCUCAUUAAAGUGGCAAUACAAAGUGAAUUUAAGGGGGAAUUCUGCUCACCAUAACAACUUCAUCUAAAAUGAUCUGCUGAUUGACGUCAGCUGACCCUUCCAGCCAAUCAGUGGCAGCCUUGCGCUUCCUGUAACUGAGAUUCAGGAGCUGGAUGCCGCCUGUGAGCGACGAAGGCAAUUUUUUGGGGGUUAAAUUAAGAACGUAUUAUCUCCUUAAGGUAAGAAUGCGUCUGGUGGUCUUCUGACACUAUAACAACCUUAUUUAGAUGAAGUAGUUAUGGUGUCAAGAGGGUCCCUUUAAGGUCACCAUAGUGGGAGCUGGAAGAAUUCUCCAAGUCGGCUAGGCACGUUCAACUAAUCUGGUCUUUAAUUUGGAAUUCACUUUUGAAUUCCCGCUUUAGUAAAUAUCUCUGAAUGUGAAUUUAAUGGGGGGGGUUUUUUUAAGGCUAAAAUGAAGAUUGCUUCCUCUGAGAAAACUCCUUGUUUCUUUAAUUGUGGUCUAAAUUUGGAAUUCACUUUCAGUUCCUGACAAUUUACAUUUUAGAGGACAAUGAACAGUGAAUGAAUUGAUUUGUAACAUGUAGACCAAAGCAGACAAAUUGAUAAUAACUGCAUUGGACAUCUUCUUCAGUUUAACCGUUUCGUCUUAAUAUGUGGUUAGUUCCCAGCAAUUCUAUUAUUUGAAAAAUAUUGUAUUACCCAGAUACUUUAUUAAUAUGCAAAGGCUGCAAUUGUUUCUAGGUGCAAUAGUUUCCAGGUGUGGCUGUGUCCUUCUCUCAAAGUUCAGCGUACCUUUUUAUAUAUGUGUGUGUGUGUGUGUAUUAUGUGGUUGAGAUCCACAGUUGCAUAGAAAGGUAUUCUUGCAUAGAGAUAACAUAACUAUAAGUUCACGGUUGACCUAGUACUGAUCUGUACAUGCAGCUACUGAUUUGUGAUUAUUGUGCAGAGCAGAUUAUCAUAUAUUAGCUGGUGAUUAACAUGCAAAGUAUUCAAUAUAUUUAAAUGUAUGCAGAGCAUUUAAACCACUUUUCCAGGUGACUGGCAUGCUUAUAUCAAGAACACUUAGAAUAUACACAAUUUUGUCUUGAACAGAAAAUUAAGUGAAUUAAACAUUUUUUUGUUUUGUUUGUUGUUUUAGGUUGGCAUUGUCCAUGCUAACUAGACCAAUUGGCAUUUUAAUUUUCAGUGAAGCAGGCAUAUUUAUUAAGGAACAACUGCCCACUCCAGGCACCAUAACAACUGCAUUGGUGUAACGACAUUGUGAUACAAGGAGGUCCUGGGCUUACCUGAAUGAAAUAAAUAGUCAAUUCACCCUCUCCUUGAUAUUCUGCGCCAUUGCAAAUGUGACAGACCAUUCCUAGGUAACCGGAGUAUCGCCUCUUUUCUAUUCCAAUGGAGAUACUGACAAAAUCUGGACUGUUUCUAGGUCAGUAGGACUGAUUUGGAAACCUCUGGUUUUCAGGUAAGCUGGUGCCUGUGACCACCUCUGUAAACUGGCACCUUAUACCUCUUCAUACCAUAACAGCUUCACUCUGAUGAUGUUAUGGUGCCCAGGUGUUCCUUUAAACUCUCAUAUGGAGGGACGGGGAAUAUGCCACCAUUGCUAAUUUGUUGCUUGUACGGUUUGCCUGCUGAAUACAAAUACAUUUUGUUCCCAUAUUUGGUUUAGCAGCCCACAACGCUCAUGUUUGGCUGUUAAUGAUGAUGCUAACUGCAGACAUAAAUAUGUCUGUGCAGCCGCUCUGUAAGAAACGCUACACAGGAGCGGAGCCUAACUGCCAAAGCGCAUGUUCGCACACUCCUGAUGCUCCAGGCUAUAAGCGACUACAAGGCACUAAAUCAGGGCAAUUACCCAGCCAAAUCUGACCCCAGGGACCUCACCUGACAGCCCAGGCAUUAUGGGGCGCAAGUUCAAAAAGUCCAAACCCGACCCAAUCUUGGGAUGAAUAUCCGCAACUUGUGGUGACAGGCGCAUGGCGCGAGCGGACCUAACAUGGGUGCAUUCUCGGUAGGCUGGUCGGAUAUUUCAAAUGACAGAUCCCUUGAAGAAGAAGCAAUACACUUACCCACGCCAGCAAAACAAACGGCGACCCAACGGAACCGGACUCCUCUCCGGUCAUUAUUUCUGUCUUGAAGGGGCUCCUAGCGGAACUACAAAACACAUUGCAAGCUGACAUAGCUACAAUCAAUGGCGGCCUGCAAGGCCUAACAGGCCUCAUUGGUGCACUGGAGGAAGCUUCCCACAAGGGCUCCCAGCAAAUGGAGAUGCUGGAACGAGCGGUGCAAGAACUGCAACGACAUAACCAAACAUGAAUGCCGCUUUGCGGCACAGGAAGACUGCCGUCGACGGAACAAUUUGAAAAUUAGGGGGAUUCCUGAGGAGGUUUCUGGCGCGCAAAUGCCGCAUCUACUGAGGAGAUUGAUAUGGGCUUUGCUCCCGCCAAGGCAGUAUCCCUGGAUGGACUUUUCCAUGUCCCCAAAGCACCCUCCACUGUUCCUAGGGACCUAAUAGUGCAUUUCCAGAGCAGUACAGACAAAGAUGCCGUCCUGACUGCACUAAGGAAACCCCUCUUCCAAUUUGAGAAUGUCACUUGGGGUCUACGCAGACCUAUUUAGCAGCACACUGGCCUGGCGACGGUCGCUUAAACAUCUCACCAUGCUUUUACAACAACACAACAUUCAUUACCGCUGGCGCAUGCCACGCACACGUAUAGUACAACAUUGGGACAGUGAAUACCCUCUUCAGGAUCUAGAGAGCGCAACAAUGACACUACGAGACUUAGGUCUCCCACAGGACUGUCUGACCCGAAAUUAAUCCAUUGCCGGCUCCAAGAUCCCACAUUCCUGGGACCCAACCAGAAUCACUCUGUUUACCCCACAUCAACCCUCAGCGGAAGCAUGCGCGGCAGCCACUACUUGAACCCCCAAAGGGCCCCAAGACCUGCACAGUGCUGCAACUCCGAACUGUUCUGUUUCUUGCUACUGUUUGUUUAAGUUCUAAUUUUUUUUUUUUUUUUUAAAUCUCCUUAGCAAGCAUAGAUCAGGCACCAGACCUGACAUCAAGCGCUGACCAUUGGGUAUAGCCCACGACUGGCAUCCCCUUCCCCCCCCGCCUCACUGCCAUUCCACUAACCUAUGCCCUCUCCAUAACCCAAAGAGGCGUAAAACUCUCCUUUAACCACAUAGCGCACAAGCCACAGCGAUAAGGCCCAAACUCAGACCUACCGCUUUUAAUCACCACCGCCCCAGGCCUAGCCACGUCCCAACAUCCAACAGGAUUGGCCCCUUAAUGAACGCCACCACAAGCAGGAAGCCCAUCUCCUUCAUACACUAGUACUCACCUUUUAGCACAAUAUUCCCCACAACAUACCGUUACUGACCCAAGAUGUUAAAUGCCGUAUGUUUGUCUCUAAAUAUCUAAAACGUCAAUUCAUGUGUUAUCCUAUUCCUACUGACUGUUACUUGUGUUUGCUAUGGUAUGUACAAUUUGCAAGUUUGGUCUUGUUGUCACAGUAAAGCAUAACUGUGAGUUGACACAAAAAUAAUUACAAAAAGAAAAAAAAAACACUGCACAUACAGAUUCCAAAUCACUGAAGUGGUCAUGGUGCUUGGAGUAAUCCUUUAACUUUUUGGUAUAUAUUUUUAAAUCCCUAAGCUAAUGCCACAUAAAUUGAAUCAAAUGCCCUAUUUUAAUCUGCCUGUACAUUUCAUUAUAUUGCAAAUGGAUAGAAAACCUAUGUAUUAUCUUUAACAUGUAGUUGAUUUUGACUAGAUAAAACUAGCAUUUUAAAUUGGUUCUCAGCUGCAUCGCACGUAAUCAAUAUCAAAUUAUGUGUAGUGUAUGUGCUGUUAAAGAAUUGACACUAAACGGGCAUUCUAAGUAUCAUUGCCACUACAGCAGUUCAUUGUAAUUUAUUUAUUAAUUACUGAUAUUUAUAAAGCGUCAACAGAUUCCGCAGCGCUGUACAAUUAGUGGAGGACGUAAAAUAUAUACAAACGGUUUAGAGGGCCCUACCAGUAAGCUAAGAUCUAGCCAUUUAAGUUCUUUUAUAUAAAGUGCAUAGGUAGAUAGUCAGUGAGCUUACAAUCUAAAGGAUACAGUGGGGAUUUGAGACAAGCUGUAGCAGGGGAAAUUUGGAAGUGAUGGCUAAAAAAGUAAACAGAGUUGCAGCUAUUAGUAAAAUAUAGAGGGAAUGAUAAGGUAAUGGAGUGAAUUUUUUUAGCUGGAACAGCAUUCUAUAAAUAAUGGGGGAGCCUUGGUGGGUGGGUUGAGCCGAGUAGAAUUGUAGAGGCUUGUUUGCUGAUGGUACGGGUGGAUCUGGUCCUAAUGGAGCUGUAGAGAUAUAGUUAUCUCAAGGGAUUUACAGCUAGGAGUGGCAAGCAUGGGUGAGGAGUGGGAUGGCACAAGAAACAUUUGUUGAAUUUUACCAAUUAAAUACUAACAGCCAUAUUAUUAAUUAACCCCUUAAGGACACAUGACAUGUGUGACAUGUCAUGAUUCCCUUUUUAUUCCAGAAAUUUGGUCCUUAAGGGGUUAAUACGUGCAACUGCAGGUUCAGAAUACUACCGUAGUACACUAUAGUUAACAAUAAUAUAAUUAAUGUUGCAGCGUUCAAUUGAAGAGGCUUGUUUGCUGCGCUUGUAAAACUUGCAUCACAAUGUUUCCAUAUAGGGAAGCAUUUGAUUAGCUAAUAUCAACAUGAUCUCAGCCAAGGAAAGGAGUGGCUUUGUGGAGACCGUUGCUGCAGAGGGCUGAAGGUUAAAGGAACACUAUAGUGUUAGGAAUAAAAAAAAAAACGUUAUUCCUAAGAAUACUAUACUGUCCCUCUGCAGUGCCCCACCUAUCAUGAAAGUGUUAAAAACCCUUCCAUUCACUUAACUGAUUCCAUCGCUGAGGUCCCCUGGUGCUGGAUUGAGAUCCUCCUCCAACGAUGUAGGGGAACUAAUGUGCUGUAGCCCUAGUGCUUCCCCAUAGGAAAGCACUGAACCAAUUAAAACUCCAAAAAGUGCCUCUAGUGGCUGUCUAGAAGAGCUAACGCUGCAAAAUAAUUAUUGCAGUUUAUCAGAAACUACCAUAAUUGGGGAAAGGGGUACUGCACCCAGACCACUUUAAUAAGAUGAAGUGGUCUUGGUGCCUAUACUGUCCCUUUUAAGUAAUACUACUCUUUUAAACACUCACAUAAAGGGGGGUUGGGAGCCCAAAAUUAGUAGUUUUAAAAUAUAGUCUAAAGAAUUGUUUGUAUUCCUAUGGUUGUAGCGUUCCUUUAAUGUAUGUCGUUAUCUAUGCGUCUUUUCAUACCUAAAAUGGGGAUUACCUUUAUGUGUUAAUACUUGGCCUUGAUUGCUAUUUGCCUCCAUUGUUCAUAUUGUGCAACAAACAGACAACGUUUAAAGAAUAUUACUUUGCCAACCGCUGGAUAUAUUCUUAAAGUGUUCUUCUUCCAGGUCGCAGUUUCUACGAUGAUUCCAAGCCGUUCACCUGCCUGGAUGGAUCGCGCACCAUUCCCUUUGACCGUGUGAACGAUGAUUACUGUGACUGCACAGAUGGGACCGACGAACCCGGUAAAAAGACAUCAAGGACAAACAACUAGAGCAUUUCCUUCUAUUGUGUUCUUUCUUCCUCUGUGGAAUGACACUUUCCAUUCCUCCUGUGUCAUGCAUGAUUUGAGUCUCUAUCCGUACACUGCAAUGAUUUGUGUUCUGUGAGUUGUGAAGGGUAAUGAAUGAGAUGUUAAGGUAUGGGGCAUUGCUGGUGUCACUGGCGUGGACCCACAUCUGAUUGUGUUAAGUCUCUGUUCUUCUCUUACAGGUACUGCAGCAUGUUCCAAUGGGAGGUUCCAUUGCACCAAUGCCGGAUUCAAGCCCCAGUAUAUACCGUCAUCACGUGUCAAUGAUGGGAUCUGCGGUGAGUGGGCAGCUUUCUCAUACUUCAUUGAAAGGGUGGAAUCUUGCCAGAGGUGUAGUGUUUAUUAACAGGUGGCAACAUCUUAUCUGUAAUGAACAGAUUCAAUCAUGGAAAAUGAAAGGGUUGGUUAACGAGAGGAUCCCUGACUUGCACACUAUUCUCCAUAACAUGAGAUGCUGAAGAUGAAUCAGAAUGUACAAAAUACUUUCAUCACCAAGUGAUGUUCCAAAUGCCUCCAGUCCAUUUCUUAUUGGAAUAGAAUUAGGGAAUCAUUAAAUCCUGGGGAUGUAUGUUGAUGGGAUUUACCAGCUAUAUGAACUUCUUGUAGAAUUAAAAUUUUUGUCUUUCUGCAGAUUGCUGUGACACCACAGAUGAGUAUAACAGUGGAGCUUUGUGUCAGAAUACAUGCAGGUGAGAUAUUUUAGACUUUUUUUUUUUUUUUUUAUCUCUUUAGAAUGAAACAUCUAGAAUUAGUUUUCUCUGUUUGCUAAUAAUUUUUUCUUCUUUCUGUCCCUUAGGGAGAUGGGGAAGAAGGAGCGAGAGGAGAUGCAGAAACAAGCGGAGGUGGCCAGAGAGGGCUUCCGGCUAAAACAACAGUUUAUCGAGGAGGCUAAGAAGAGCAGGGAGGAGAGUCAGGUACUGAGUCAGCAAGCUAGCCAGAAAAAAAGCCAUCUCUGUGUGUUCUGAAUCUGCACGACAUGUUAGAGAGAGGUUUUGUUAACUAAAAUGGGAUCUCCUGAUUAAAGGACCACUAAAGUCACCCAGGCCAUCUUGUCUCAAUGGUCAAGAUCUGGGUGUCAGUGGCCUUUUAGUUUUAUCCCUGCAAUGUGAGACCUUGUUGUUUUGUUGAAACUACAUUUUUCUAUUGCAGAGUUAACAAAUCUCUAGUAGCUGUCUUCAUGACAAUCACUAGAGGCGUCAUCUCUGUGAGAACUAGCGCAGACUCUGUUCUCAAUAACAUGCUGGUCAUAGGGAGCCCUUGAUUGGUACAUUGUUUUGUCCUCUCAAUGCUUUCCUAUGGUAAAACAUCAAAUUGGCUGAGAUCAUCAGUCAUACUGUAAAAUAGCCACGCUGGCUGUAUAACUCCACCUCCACCCUUGGACCUGAUUACGCAGUUCUCUUAUCAAUUUGCCUCAGAUUAAUAUUUAAUGAAUAAACCCUCUGGGAUAGUUUGGUGUACUAUGGAUACUAAGAAUUUGGUAUUUAUUUCUGACGCAGGCAAAGUUGCAGGACAUGGUACAGAGGCGGCAAAGUCUUCAGGAGCAGGUGGAUGUUCUGCGCUCAGAAAAAGAAGACGCAGAGAAACCUGAACGGGAAGCAAAGGAUGCCCACAAGAAGGCCUGGGAAGGUAAUGCAGGUCUUGUUUAACCCAUCCAUCAUGAUACAUAGUAUUCUGUAUGAAGCUUUGUAGUAUACGCAGAUUGAGAGUGAUUAAAAGAUUCAUGGUGCUGAGAGUCCUCAUAAUUUCCCAUCUUAAGUUCUACUGCCAUUCUCCCUUUCUUAUAAAUACCAACCUGUGCUAUAUUCCAUGAACGGCAUGAAGAAAGGGUUUUAAAUGGAAAGCUAAAGAAUCCAGAAAUCCUAAAUCUUAAACACAUUGUCUCCAUAACUCCACUCCAACCUGCACGUUCUAAUAACCAAAUUCAGUUUGUCUGUCCUUCUGCUCUGCAAGAUCCUAGCUUGUCCUACAUUUGUUUCCCUUAACACUUCUCUAGGGACGCUCUGUUCCUCACCCAAUCAUGUUUUAGCCUAUUUUCAAGUGUUUCAAGAUUAAAAAUAGGGCAAAACAACCCCCUAAACACUUAUUAAAUAACAACACCUUCCAAAAUCCUGAAACUGCACAGCAUAGAUAUACAGAGUACAGCUUGAGCCAGACCCUUCCUUCACAGUGUAACAGCUCACCCAAUCGGGAGCCACUCGUUCUGGUCUAUGGGAUGCAAUCUUAUCGCAUGUACCUCUGUGCUGAAGAAGUGUUUUGAAUAAGACAUUUAUCUCCCACCAGCCAUUCCACUUAGGGUGUGUGGAAAUUCACUAUAAUAUGAUAGCAGCUAUUUGUUUAUAUACAACACGGUUUAGUUUUGUGAAAGUAAUGGUGCUUAGUGAUCAUUUAAAACAGAGAAAAUAGAUUACCGUGAACAGGUGGUUUUUAGAGAUUUUCUUCUUUUUUUUUUUUUUUUUUCCUUCAUAGUACUUAACUGUUGCCGUCUAUUGUCUCAGCUCUAUCCAUUGUUUAUACCAACAUUCUCAUUCUCCUUCUGUUUCUUUUUAAGGAAGUCCUGUAUUUAUGUAAUUAUACUCCAUAACGAGCAGGGCACUGAUCGCCUCUUUAACCUUGUCAUUCACUUACUUGUUUUGUUUACCCAUUGUACUGCGCUGUGUUAUAUGCUGGUGGUUUAUAAAUAAAACAAGAGUUUGAAGAAAAAUAAAGUGUAAUCUGUGUUUGUUGCAGAGCGGAGGGAGGCCGAGAAAGAAGCUGUGGAGAAACAACAAGCUUCAGAGGCGUUCUCUAAUCUGGAUCUGGAUUCUGAUGGCAUGUGAGUGAAUGUAAAGGAUGUUAUCCUGCUGUGUUUACUCUGCAUAUUGCCUGGCUCCUUGACAUCACAAAGGAGAGUAGUUCACGUCUAUAUUUUGCCAUUUAUGGGUUAGAGGCUGCAAUAAAUACACUGGUACAAUGUAAAUAUUGGGGUUUCCCUAGUAAAUAAAUAUCCCAUACCACUAUGGAUUUAAGAAUAUUUAAGAAUAUAUUUGGUUCGCACAACUUAAGUCUAUUGUAUUAAACUGUACCUGUAACAAAAAAAAUGAAUACAAAUCAUAGGGAUUGUCUGUAAUAAGAAAUCUUAAGGACAAAUUGAAUCCGUAUUAAAUGGCAAGAGUAUUCCAUUCUGCCCCCUUGGUUAAAGGAGCACCUGGCACAUUCCACUUUUUGGGUCUGGUGUUGGAGAGAAGCUCUCUAACCUACUCUGGGUACAAUGAGCUCAUUGCUUAGGCACACAUUAUUUGGGGGAAAGUGGAGGGAUGAGAUGGAAGAUGCUUGUUUAUUAGUGAGGAUAUGUAGAGCGGUGGAAAAUUAUAGAGACUUUGCUCCACAUGUUGCCAAGUUGAAUAAUAUCCAAAUAACUUGAAUUACCAAAAUAUAUCCUGAAUGUUCAGAUUUUUAAACCCUUUAUUGUUCUAAAAAUGUGUAGCUGGCAUGUCCCUUUUAGAUGAUGCCACAGCACAUUGUAACAUGAUUCUGUGCAUUUAAAGUGACACUCCAGGCACCCAGACUACUUCUGCCCAUUGGAGUGGUCUGGGUGCCAACUCCCACUACCCUUAACCCUGCAAGUGUAAUAUAAAAAACUGCAAUAAUUACCUUGCAGGGUUAACUCCUCCACUAGUGGCUGUCUACUAGAGGGCACUUCCGUGUCUAUAGCACAGGUUUUUGUGUGCUAGAGCGUCGCUGGACGCUGUAUGAGGACCUCCAGCGUCGCUCAAUUCCCCAUAGGAAAGCAUUGAAAAGCAUGCGCAUUAGGUCUCGCCGAUGGGCGGGAUCAGUCUCGCCCAUCGGCUGAUGUAAGGAAGGGGAGGAGCGGCGGCGACCCGAAACCACCGCUGAGGUACAUCGGCGGGGGUCUCAGGAAAGUGACUAAAGGGGUUUUCACCCCUUCAGCAACCGGGGAUGGAAGGUGGGAGGGAGAGGGGACCUGCAGUGCCAGGAAAACGGAUUGUUUUCCUGGCACUGGAGUGUCCCUUUAAAGGGACACUCUAAGCACCAAAACAGCUUUAGUUUUAUAAAUGGUUUUGGUGUAUAGAUCAGGACCCUGCCGUUAAGGUAUUAAGUCAAUUUGUUUAUGCAGCUCUAGCCACACUUUCCCUGGCUGACACAAUGUUCAUGAAAUAAAUGGUUUAAUUUUCAUUCAGAUUUUACAGCACAGUGAGUUUACUUUAGAAGUUCUUAUCUCCUGCUAUGUUAAUUACAUUUUACUCACACAUAGGAGACUAGCAGGUUAUUAACAGAACAGGAGGUAACAAAUUAUAACCUGCUCAAAGAACUGUUUGCAUAUAAAGCCAAGAUUUAUCUUGUCUGUUGCCUGGCUUCCUGGACCUUGGUAGAGCUUAAAUGCCUCUAUACAAGUACAUUAUUUCUGCUUAAAGGACCACUAUACGCACCCAGACCACUUCAGCUUAAUGACGUGGUCUGGGUGCCAGGUCCCUCUAGUGUUAACCAUGCAGCUAAAAACUUAGCAGUUUCAGAGAAACUGCUAUGUUUCACUGAGGGUUAAUCCAGCCUCUAGUGGCUGUCUCACUGACAGCCACUAGAGGCACUUCCACGAUUCUCACAGUGAGAAGACUCUGGACGUCCAUAGGAAAGCAUUGAGAAAUGCCUUCCUAUGGGCGGUUUGAAUGCACGCGCAUCUCUGCUCUUGCCAUGCAUGCGCAUUCGGCGCCGAUAUCGGCAGGAGGAGGAGAGUUCCCCAGCGCCGAGGGAGCCCGACGCUAGAGAAAGGUAAGUGGCUGUAGGGGUUUUAACCCCUUCAGCCCAGUGGGAGUGGGACCCUGAGGGUGAGGGGACCUUAGGAUCCUAUAGUGCCAGGAAAAUUAGUUUGUUUUCCUGGCACUAUAGUGCUCCUUUAAUGAGAUCUGACGGUGGUAACUCUUAAAUCUUGUGAUCCUGUAAGCUUUAUUGAAUUCUUUAAUGAGGUGAGAAUUCAAGAUGAUGCAGCACAUAUGAUGAUACACCUGUAUCUCGUCUCUCCAACCAGGCUGUCCGUCCCAGAGCUGGUCUCUCACCACGAGCUGGAUACUGACGGAGACGGCUCACUUUCUGUCGAAGAGGCGCAGGUGAUAAUUUAUUUGGGUCUGUUUUUGGUUGUACCUUCUGCAGUUCUGUGUUAGAUGCACGCUGUAUACGUGUACUCCUAGGAGAUGUCUACACUCACACAAAAUAUUAAUUAAACACCAUACUCUUGUGAACUGAAAAAAAUAAAUUGCUAAAUGUAGCCAAAAAUAGCCACUUUGGAAAAAUCUCCAAUUUGGCUAUAUUCACAGAUUAGUGUUUGGUUUUUUGUCUGUAUUUUACAAUUUUCAGUCACUAAAAUGCAGUGGUAAUAUCUUAUUAAAUUACCCAGCUCCUUAUUAAAUCUGUAACACCUGCUAACAGUGAACUGUUAUGUAAUGUGUGUGUGUGUAUAUAUUACACACACCAUAAAUGAAUACAUUGAUAACUUAUCAAAUCUCUUAUGGCAUCCCACUGUGUUAAGAUAAUACAGCCAUGUUUUACAUCUUAUUCUACAACAGAUAUUUAGCAGUGGUUCAUCACCAACGCAAUUUCCCCUGCCCAAAUCAGACUUGCAUGACUGUGAGACAUCUGAUUUCAUUUUGCCCUCUUUGAUCGCUUGUUCUCCUUGUUAAGCUAUUUCUAAGCAUUUCCCUUGUCACUUACAGUCCAUCCUGGGAGGUUCAUAUUCUUUGGAUAGCAGCAGUUUCCAUGCUGACGUUUGGCCGCAGAUUCGAGACAAAUACAAAUCUGAGGUAAGUCGGUAUCGUCACAAACCUUUCCAAAUAUUUUGUUUUGUCUGAAGCCAACCAUAAUGUGCAUGUACAGGGGCAAUCUAAGCAACAAAAAACUACAGGUGCUGUAUUUAGCAAGUUCACUGUAGUAAUUACUUUACCUCGAGGGACUUUCUUAAACAUGGCUCUGCUACUCCCAUCAGCAGUGUUUAUGGGUACCUCAAAGAUUCCUGGGAGUUGUAGUAGUUGAGCCAAUAGCUGAACGAAUACUUUUAGGAAGUCAUAAUAUCAUGUACUAAAUAAAAUAUACAGUGAGGCGAUCCGCCGGCAGACCUUGGAAAGGAUUUCUGCAUUUAGAAUAUAUCCGUAAUGUAAAAGCAAAAUAAAUUCACAUGUCCUUAGUUUUCAGUGUGCUUCUACUACACCCAGAAAGGUUAACUGGAAAUGUGUCCAGCGUUGAUUACGUUAAACAUGAUACUGUUUACACAUACAAGUUUUACACAGUUUUUACUCAUUAUUUAAAAAAAAAAAAAAAAAAUUCUAAGCAUAUUUUGGCAAAAGGAAGUGGAUGCAGUCUUGUAACAUUUAGCUGCAGUUAGACUAUAUAAUAAGACUUGGCAUAUGAAAUGCAUUAAAAGAUCUUACAAAUCUAUGAUUCUGAUAUGAACAUUAAUAUUAUUCAGUUGUAAUCUAUUUUUAUAUAUAUAUAUUUUUAUAUUUUUUUUACUUUUACAGCAUUCAUCAGUAGAGAAACUAAAGAUAUCUUUAUAAGAUGCAAAUAUGGAUGCACUUGCUAUAGUUUACACAAUGAUUUAGUCUUUAAUAUUUCCGUUGAAUCCUCACCCGCCUUUCUCUGAAUUUCCCUGUAUUGUCCAGCAGAGUGCGCAGCCGCCACCACCACCACCAGCUCAGGUUGAAGAGGCAGCUGACACCCACCCUGAUUUUCACCCUGAGGAGGAGGAGGAGGAUAUAGAAGAAGGAGAUGAAGAGGACGACAGUGAUGAUGAUGAUGAUUCUUCUGAUCAAGACCACAGAGUUAGUGAUUUAUUUUCCUUCUCGUCACCAACCAGCUCUGGGCUGAUAUUGAUCUCUGGUUCUACUUCCUUCCCAGUGCUCCCAAAACACGGCUCUUCUACAGAGCAAGCUCUGUUAACAGCUUUAUUAAUCUGAAAUGGGCUCGAUAACGCACACUAUGCUGCUAUCAUGGUGUGUGCUUGAACUGUUUAAUUAAAAUACCUCUUGGGAGAGACAGACUAAUCAAGGUUACAAGACACGAGUCACAGACCCCCAUAGCACUAAUGCUAACCUUUUACCCCCUUCCCACACUCAUUUGUGUGAUUGUUUUUUUUGUUUUUUAAACUGAUGUUUAUGUAGAUAUUGCCACCAUGAUAAUGUUAUUUCAAAUAUUUUAUUUAUUCCUUUCCCCCGUCAGACAUUACCUACCAAGCCACAUGGAGAGGAUUCAGAGCUUCCACCAUAUGAUGAAGCCACUCAGACAUUGAUCGAUGGUGAGUAAAAAUAGAGAAGAAGGUACGGGGUUUGUUUGUUUGUUUUUGUUCUGAAGAUUUCUUACUUUUUUUUUUUUUUCAUUUUUAUAGCUGCUGACAAGGCACGUUCUCAAUUUGAAGAAGCUGAGAAAUCUUUUAAGGACAUUGAAGAUACAAUCAGGUGUGUUAGUAAAUGUCCUCAUUACCUAUUAUUGUAACCUAACUAUUAAAUUGUGACAUCGUAUUACAGUAACCCGGCUCCGGAGUGCCUUAUUACCCUGUAACAUCUUAUUACAGUAACCCGGCUCGUGAGUGCCUUAUUACCCUGUAACAUCUUAUUACAGUAACCCGGCUCCUGAGUGCCUUAUUACCCUGUAACAUCUUAUUACAGUAACCCGGCUCCUGAGUGCCUUAUUACCCUGUAACAUCUUAUUACAGUAACCCGGCUCCUGAGUGCCUUAUUUCCCUGUAACAUCUUAUUACAGUAACCCGGCUCCUGAGCGCCUUAUUACCCUGUAACAUCUUAUUACAGUAACCCGGCUCCUGAGUGCCUUAUUACCAUGUAACAUCUUAUUACAGUAACCCGGCUCCUGAGUGCCUUAUUAGCCUGUAACAUCUUAUUACAGUAACCCUACUCCUGAGCGCUUUAUUACCUCUUUUGAACUGGUUUUGUAUUUUCGUAGCUCUUCAUUGCCUCUUUACAUGCAUUUUUUUUCUGUUAGGAGUCUGGAGAAGGAGAUUUCUCUGGAUUUUGGACCAGAUGGAGAGUUUUCAUAUCUAUAUGGACCGUGUUAUGAACUUACUACAAGCGAGUAAGUGUUUGGAACAUUGCAUAGAUGGGACUUGGCAGGGAUUGGGGUGACAGGCUGUGCUCUCCAUAGUGGGAUUAUUAUGGUGUCUAGCAGAAGCUGGGGUGGAAGAGGAUGCUUUAUGGUAGAAUGUUUAGAACAUUGGUCCGGUAUGGGAGGAAUGGGAUGUGCUGCAGGGCUGAAUACUCAUUCAUGGCAAUUUGUGCAUUUAUUUUAAAAACUUUGAAAUGUGUUGCUUUCUCCUUCUUUUACAGAUAUAUUUAUCGCCUCUGUCCAUUUAACCGUGUAACACAGAAGCCAAAGAAUGGAGGAUCAGAAACAAACCUCGGGUAAGAAUUUAACUUCCCUAGCCUGUGGUGAUGACCCUCAUUAUGUGAUCGCAAUGGGUGCAUAUUGGAGAGAAAGGGAACUUUGAACCUCUCAGGCAUCAUGCAGCACAGAGAGGGAGCACCAGGGUUCUAGAUGUACAGAAUUAUAAUAUACCUCAAUGGGAUUGUAGGCACAAGGAAUGUACUUAUGUUCAUAUAAUCUCUAGAACAUGAUUUUGUUAAAGACCAUGUUAUUUAUCAUCAACAGGAUAUGGGGAUCCUGGGCUGGACCAGAAGGCAACAAAUUUACUGCAAUGAAGUAUGAGCAAGGCACAUCGUGCUGGCAGGGCCCUAACCGCUCUACACUGGUAAGACACAUCCCACUGUGUGCCCUUUUAGGGCAGCAACAACAAAUCUAUGGUUCCAGUGCCAUCACUGCUACUUGGAGACCACUGAAACUGUGGCACUUGGCCAGUAAAUGAUACCAUCAGGUAGCACAUGAAGCACUGUGGUGGCACAGAAACCAGAAGAUGAAAGUCUGGGGGAGGAGAGGAAGGGGGAGGCUUAAAUAUCUGGAAUUUACAGAAUUCCAGUGAAACAAAUUAAGAGAUUUGGCAAAAACAAGAUUCUUCCCAUUGUGUCCCCUCAGGUGAAGCUCUCCUGCGGUAAGGAAACAAUUGUCACCUCCACCUCCGAGCCAAGUCGUUGUGAGUACCUGAUGGAGUUCUACACUCCUGCAGCUUGCCAUCCACCUCAGCCCCCGACUGGAGAUCACGAUGAGCUCUGAUUUAGGUGUGAGUAUUCCUUAUUGUAAUGCCGGUCAUUAUGAGUUUACAGACACCUAUAUGUUUGGCUUCUUUAAAAUUUCUCUCAGAUAGAUGUAGUACUGAGCCAGACUAGAAGAAGGUCUGUUGGCUUGUCUAGAUGUAUAAAACUCUAACGUGACAUUUAUAGUUUGUGUGCGUGUUGUUUGUUAUAGAGAAAUAUUAAAUAACCUUUCCAGAACAGGAAUAGAAUAGAUCCAUUAAUCGGGGGUCUCCCAUAUUGGGCUAUUGGAUACGCAGUUUAGCAUGGCAUUGCUGAAUAUGUUGACGGCAGACAUAAUUCUGUUUGUGUAUUGUUGAAGAACCUGUAUGCUGAAUGUCUGAUCAUGUGUGAAACUGCAGCUUACAUGCACAAAAAUAGGUCUGAGCUUAGACGUAUAAUAUUUAUAUUUGGCAGAGGAACAAUUUUAACCCCCUUCUGAUGUUGGGGGUGUGUCUGCUUAUACCGGCAGAUACUUGUUUUUCUUUCCCUCUCCUGCACUUAUAAGCAACAAGUCUUUGAAUCAGGGGACACGUUGCACCGUAAGUUAUGCAGUGGAAUUACACCCUGCCACUGUACUUACCAUGAGUGGAACCGAUUCACAGCUGUCGAUAACUGGGUAAAACAUGGAGGCAUUUAGAGAAGGGCACUUCUCCCUAUAUCAUUCCCUGGCCUCUUAUUGUAAGAGGAAAGGCAGGAUUCAUCCAGCAAGUUAGAGAACCAGGUUUUUGCUUUACUGUGUGAAGACUUGGAAGGAGAUGCAGCCCAUACAGUGAUUUUGUUGUCCCUGCUUCUUGAACUUCUCCGCAUGUGGAACGGGUGGGGGUGUCUGACAAUAUUUAGUGCUUUCAUCAUAGAAUGGUGUAUUUUAUAGGUACUCAAAAUGUUACCAGGGCUGAAAAUAUCUUCUCUAGAACACAGUGAAUGAAUGUUCCUCAUUCAUAAUGUAAACACCCAUCUCACUAAUUGUAACAUUUCAUAUCUUUCCAGGCUUCAGGACCCUCCAGUACUAUCCAUUGGGACCCAAAAUGAUAUGACCAAUGUCAUGGAGUCCAAACCUCAUCUCAGUCCUGAACCAACCUUUUCCAAUUCCUACUGUCCUUCCCUCUCUAGAUAACUUCACCUUACCAUGGCACGGGCAACCAAAUGACACAUUCCAUCCAUGUUCAUCCACGUUCCCCUUUCCCCAGUAAGCUGCUGACCCCUCCACUGUACAUAAUGUUUUGGGGAAUGUUGUGAUGUUUUAUUAAAUAAAAAACACAUCUUUGUCUGAUAUUUUAUUUUUCUACUUUUACCAGAGCGCUCAGCCAGCAGACAGGAUGUAUAUAAGACUCAAGGGUUAAAGGCUUAC